AUGGAUUGGACGUUACAAAAGGAACAACUACUAGAGAAGUAUAUUAUUGAUUAUUACCAAAAUUUAGAAGAUACUCGAUAUUUUUUCAAGAAUUUGGAUUGGAAUAGUAUUUAUAAUUUAGUGGGUAUUGAUGAUCAAGAUUUUUUACGAUUGAAGAUUGAUGAAAUUUAUGAUAAUUAUAUGACAUUGUUCCUUGGAGAGGAUUUCAAUACAAAUCAAUUGAUUCUGCAUUGGAAGUCUAAGAGAAAUCCCAUUUUCCAAGAAGUUGUUCAAUUAAUUGAAUCACUUGGUUUGGAAGAGUUCAAAUUUGAUCUUCCAACACAAGAAGAUACCGCACCAGAUCAACCACAAACCACACCCGAGUAUAAUCCAAUUCCAGAUUCUAUACAAAAAGUAAAAUCACCACCCGUUCCACAGCUAACCAAAACAGAAAGAAGGGCAUCACUCGAACUAAUGCAUCCUAGACCAACAUUUGGAAUACGUAAAGAAUUCAAAUUAUCAAAAGCUCCAAUUGCAGCAACUACCAACAUCAAUGUUAUGGCAAAGUCAGAGGCAAAGACACUGGUUAAAAACACUACAUCACCCACAGUAACAAAAACCAAGAAGAAGUUUUCCCUUAAACAACAAAAGUCUCAACCACAAGUUGGAUUGGAACAAGGAAUGAGUCGUCCAAAACAUAGGCGUACAUCAACUGUUGACGAACAAUUGCCAACAUAUAUUAGAGAUCAAUUGACUAAGCAUAGACCACGGCAGAAACUUACACCCAAACCAUCAAGACAUCAAAUACCAACUAUUCUGUCAAAUGAAUCAUCACUUAAAGGAAGUUAUAAAAAACCAUCAAGACUACAGAAUUUGGUAACAAAUUCACAGUUUUUAUAUGCACAUAACAAGGAUCUAUCCACUAGUACCAAAUCCAGUCCGACAAACACUUUUGAUAGUGAUCAACGAAUUCAAUUUUUCUCGGAUGAAUCAGAUAAUGAAGACAAUAAGGAGUAUAUUCUGCCUGAUCUGUUGACUAGAUAUAUUGGCAUGCAUGUCGAACAUGAAGACGAAGAAGAAGAUGAUGACGAAGAAGAAGAAGCUACAGAAAAUGAUAGCCAAGAGGAGGAAGAGGAAGAAGACCAUGACUUUGUGAAUGUUGGAGAAGAAGAUGACGAUGAUGAUUAUUUGUUCAAGAUAUGA